CCCACACCAUGAACGAGCAAACAUGACCGCGGGUGUGGGAAACGGAGGGGCAGAGUUCAGCCAGCCCUGUCAGAAGCUUUCUGUGCCAGCCCAUUGCUUGGAGAGCCUCUGUGUUCUCAGGGGUUAUGAGACAGGCUUUCUCUGGCAUGCACCCACCUUUCCAUGUGACCACAAACCAUGAGUGAGGGAACCUUGUGACCGACCCAGAGUGACUAGACCUCACCCCCACCGUCCUGGACUGGUUCAACGUUCCAUAUCCCAGCUAUGCCAUCUUUGGCUCCAAGACGAUCCAGCUCACAGGCCGAUCCCUGCUGCCAGCGCUGGAGGCAGAGCCCCCUUGGGCCACUGUCUUCAGUAGCCAGAGCCACCACGAGGUCACCAUGUCCUACCCCAUGCGCUCGGUACACCACCAGAACUUCCGCCUCAUUCACAACCUCAGCUUCAAGAUGCCAUUUCCCAUCGACCAAAAUUUCUAUGUCUCUCCGACCUUCCAGGACCUCCUGAACCGAACCACAGCUGGCCAGCCCACGGGCUGGUACAAGGAUCUCCACCAUUACUACUACCGGGAACGCUGGGAACUCUACGAUGUCAGCCGGGACCCUCGAGAGACACAGAACCUGGCCGCUGACCCACACUUCUCGCAAGUACUGGAGAUGCUGAAAGCCCAGCUGGCCAAAUGGCAGUGGGAGACGCAUGACCCCUGGGUGUGCGCCCCUGACGGGGUCCUGGAGGAAAAGCUCACACCGCAGUGCCGACCUCUUCACAACGAGCUCUGACAGUCCCCGGGGCACUUGGCAGCCUGCACUCAGGCACAAGGAGGGACCAAUGGAGGCAGCGCCCACAGCCCCACCCUCCACACACCCAUCUAUGAUGUGGGAUGCCGCUCCUGCCUCGGGAGAGGACGUUCAGGCAUGCACUCCCCAUGUUGCCACCACACCAGAAACACUGCUGUCCUCACGUCUGUGUGACCUGACCCAGGAGCUGUAGGGGAAACUUGGACAGAAUCCCAAAUUUGACCUGCGGAUGGAGGGGCGAGGUCUGAGAGUUUGAAGCCCUGGUGUCUGGAACCCAUGGAUGUUUUCAAGCCCUUCUUCCUAAGAGGAGCCCAGGGCUUCUGUGUGCCUCGUGGGCGGCGGGCAGACCACACUGACGACUUUAACCAGCCGUGGCGUAGAGGAAGCCUUUGGGAGGCCCUGGGCUUGCUUUCCCCUUCAUUCUAAUGCAGGCUUAGCCAGAAAUCUCACUGGUGCUCGGAGGUGAUGAGUUUGAUCCUGUGGUCCUUCUGGGCUCAGCUUGUCCUUUCUGAGGGUGACUGAGGACAGGGUGUCCCUCUUUGCCUUUCGUUCUCUCUCUUUGAGUGACACCACGCUGCUGGCCCCAGCCUUCCCCUUCCUCCACCUGCCAAGGGUCAGAAGCACAGCCUGCAAACCUAGGAGACUGUGGGAGCCCGUCCUCGGGUCCUGGUGCUUUACCCAGCAGGUCCGCAUAGAGGAUGAUCAGGACCACGGGCCUGAGUGCAGGUGUCUGAGAUGCUCUGCACUUGGCUGUGCUGGGGAGGAGGUCUUUUGCUCCACCCCUUGGCGUCUCUAUA